UUUUUAGCACGACGAGACAUUCUUGGCGUAGCCGUAGGAAGGUAUCGUACAGACUGACAGAGCGAGGUCUAUCUUCCAGAAUACCUGGGGGUGCUGCCCAUGGAAAAUACAUGCACACAGGACUCAGGAGCUUCACUUGUUUUGAUCGUCGCAGCAUGCCAGCCAUUGGAAUUUAAAGUGAUAAAAAAAAGCUUCACCAUGAGCAUCGAUGAAAUCUGUGAGAACACCAAGAUGGGGAGGGAAUAUGCCCUGCUGGGAAACUACGAGACAUCUCUUGUCUACUACCAAGGAGUGUUGAACCAGAUCCACAAGCUCCUGACGUCAGUCCAUGAUCCGCAACGCAAGCAUCAAUGGCAAACAAUAAAACAGGAACUUACUCAAGAAUACGAGCAUGUGAAGGACAUCACAAAGACCCUGAGCGGCUUCAAGUCCGAGCCUGCCCCGGAGCCGGCUCCCAACCAUAGACCCGCCCCCUUCAGUCACCAUCAGCAUGCCAAGCCCGCAGAGCCAGCCAGAGAUCCCGACGUGUGGCCCCCACCGACCCCUGUGGACCACGGUCAUAGGCCAUCCCCUCCAUACCAGCGGGCUGCACGCAAGGACCCGCCCCGUCGCAACGAGCCCAGCAAGCCGGCCAAUCGGAAUUCUGGACAUGACCGUGGAGGGCGUGGCCCCUCAGAUCGCCGUGGUGAUGGCCGUUCCGCGGGUGGACGAGGCGGCCCCAGGGGAAGUGAUAAAGACAAGGGUAGAGGUGGAAAGUCAGAUAAGGACAAGAAGGCCCCCUCAGGUGAAGAGGGCGAUGAGAAGAAGUUUGAUCCCGUUGGUUACGACAAAGAUCUGGUGGAAAACCUUGAAAGAGAUAUCGUACAGAGAAACCCAAAUGUACACUGGAAUGACAUUGCUGGUUUGACUGAAGCCAAACGUCUUCUAGAAGAAGCUGUGGUUCUUCCCCUCUGGAUGCCGGAUUAUUUCAAGGGAAUUAGAAGACCCUGGAAGGGGGUUCUGAUGGUGGGGCCGCCAGGGACGGGUAAAACCAUGCUUGCCAAGGCCGUGGCCACGGAAUGCGGGACAACGUUCUUCAACGUGAGCUCGGCGUCGCUGACCUCGAAGUACCACGGAGAGUCAGAAAAGCUUGUGCGCCUCUUGUUUGAGAUGGCACGAUUCUACGCACCCAGCACCAUCUUCAUUGAUGAGAUUGAUUCCAUCUGCAGCAAACGUGGAACCGGGUCUGAACACGAGGCUAGCAGGAGGGUCAAAUCUGAACUGCUCAUUCAAAUGGAUGGUGUGUCUGGACCGAGCGCUGGUGAGGAGAGUAGUAAGAUGGUGAUGGUCCUCGCUGCCACCAACUUCCCCUGGGAUAUCGACGAAGCCCUCAGGAGACGUCUUGAGAAGCGUAUCUACAUUCCACUGCCAGAAAUUGAUGGUCGAGAGCAGCUUCUUCGUAUCAACCUGAAGGAAGUGCCUCUUGCCGAUGAUGUUGAUCUCAAGACCAUUGCUGAGAAGAUGGACGGCUACUCUGGAGCUGAUAUCACCAACGUUUGCAGGGAUGCCUCCAUGAUGGCGAUGCGUCGUCGCAUCCAGGGACUGCGGCCGGAGGAGAUCCGCAACAUCCCCAAGGAGGAACUGAACCAACCCAGCACCCCUGCUGAUUUCAUGCUGGCCCUGCAGAAGGUGUCCAAGUCUGUCGGCAAGGAGGACCUGGAGAAGUACAAGAAGUGGAUGGAGGAGUUUGGCUCCGUCUAGUGAGGGCGGGCUUGGCUCCGGGUAGAUUGGAGAUGAGAUGGGGCAUGGGAAUUGACUGUCUUUGAAAUACUGUAGAAUAUUGAACAUAGGGCUUUGUGUGAAGAGAGAUUCUGUUAUUUCUGUAAUUCUCUGUCAACAACAUAUAUCAGUGGGUCGUUUCAUUAAUCUGUUCCUAAGUUAAGAGCGACUUUAAGAACAACUGAUCCUUUCUUGUGGUAAAUGAUAUUCAACAUUGAAUACUCAUUGGUGUCUAUUUAGGGUGUUAGAAAGGAUCACCAGUCGUUCGUAAAGUCGCUCUUCACUUGCGAAAAACUUUAUGAAACACCCACCUGGCCCUGUAAUAUAAAGCUUAGUGAUUCAUCACAGGGCUGAUAUCAUGAUUGAUUGCAUUGAUUAUUGUGUAAAAUCAAUCGUAAAAGUCAGCCCCCAAGCAAAUUCAGGGCCCCGUCUUCCAAAGAUUGACGAUUGAUCCAAUCAAUCUAAACUCUAUGGAACUCCAACAAUAUUAUAUUUUUUUCCUCCAGGAAAUUUGCACGAUGUCCUUUGUAAAAAAAAAAAGAAGCACACUGAAUUUUCAAGAAAUGUAUAUCAUAUCUAGAGAAUAAACAAAUCAGCAUUUUAGAUGUUGACGUUCCUGGCUUUCCAUAGUUGUGAUUGAUCGGAUCAAUCGUAACUCUUUGUAAGACGGGGCCCUGAGCUGUAUGUUACAGGACCCUGGGACCCGUGGCAGAAAGAGUUGCAUGGAAAUGGAAGAUCAGUUGCAAGUCUCUAAUAUGCACAAUUGAUUGGUUAAAUAUCAAGUUGUGUUUGAUUUUUUGAGUUGUGAUUGAUCACAAUUCUUUGUGCAACUGGCCUGAGAUCUAACAACAUUUCUUAAUUUAUAGAUUGGUUGUGUCAAUGGCUGUCACUGCCUUUAGUAGGUAAAGAAGGUUGCUUGAUUGGAAGAUUUGGAUCCUGAUAAGAUAAAAAGAGAGAGAGACUAACAGAAAAAUUGAUUGAUUGAGUGUGGGAUGAAGGGGAGUUAAUAAGUCCAUUUGCUAUUGAAGAUUUUAUGGCCCGUUAAUUCUUGGUAAAUUCAUAAUCGGAAAUUAUUGAAUUUGUACCAUUAGAAUGACUUCAGAACACUGAUAUUCCCUUUGAAUUGUUCGAAUUAUCCAACCAUUAAACUCAUUUAUUCUUUCUCUCUAGUGAUAUACAUUCAUAUACUGUACCUGCUUCGAGAUAUGUAUGAAUGUGGUAUAGAACUAUUACUUUCUAAAUGUAUAGAUAUAUUAAUUAGGAAUAGUGAAUAUCUAAUAAUUAGCCAUGAUUGUAAUUUCCUCCAUUAAUGUGUUAUUUGCAGGUUAUGAUAAUUUUGAACUUAACGCCAGUAAUAUAACGAGCAUUCUGUUAUCGACUUGAUGUUAUAUUCCGUCCAUGUGUGAUGAUUUUAGUUUGCAGUUUACGACAAAAGGACAUAAAUUUAUGAGCGUGCGGUUGCUUUCAUUUGAAUUUAUGGCAAAUUUGUGAAAGUGACAUUAGAUUGGUAGAUUUAUUUAAUAGAUGUGUGUGAUGCUAGCCAUUAUGUACAAAUGAGUUGUAUUUCAGAGCAUUUAAUUUGCUCUUAACUUGGAAAGAGUGUAAGCAUCGAAAGUCUACUAGGUCCGGUGCAAGAAUGCAAAUACAGAAUUUGCACCGUGGUUUACUAACUUCAACAAAAAUUAAUGUGUAUAGGUUGUGUGAUACAAUGAAUUCUUUUCCUUAUCUUUUUACUAAUUGCUUCAACGUUUUAUUAUUUAUCACACCGUGUGGUUGUUUUUAUCAAGAUGUUGGUAAGUUACAAACAACUCUAUGCAUGACUGGUGAUACCUUCUUGUGCUUGCGGAGGCGCGAUAGCUCAGUCGGUAGAGCGGGGGAUUCGUAUUCCGGUGACCCGGGUUCGAUUCCCACUUGGUGUGCUAGUGCCCUUUGGUAAGGCAUUAAUCCUUAGUACCAAGUCCUUCGGAGAGGACCUUAAGCCGUCGGUCCUCUGGUUGCUUGCUUACAAGCAUUCAUGCUUUCUUAGCAAUCAGGUAAAAAAAUCACCACCAAAUAAAAGAAUGAGACUCUGAUUACAGUACCGAGAAGGUACCACCAGUCGUUUGUAAAGUAUUACGUUGAUUAUGAAUAGCUUUGUGAAACACCCCACAGAGCCCUUUGCAGAAGGAAGUGCAAUCAAUCACAAUGUGACUUUCAACAAAUGUGAACUGCCCAUGUAUUUGUUUGUUUAGUAACACAACUUUUUUGCAACAGGUCCAAAGGUCAAAUGACACAUUAAUAUGAUAUAUGAAGUAUAAACCUAUUCUCUGAAAAAAAAUUAAAAAUAGCGAUUGGUUAUAGGCUGAUUUUCAGAUUGAUUGCAAUAAUCUAAAAUGAAAUUGUGCUAUUGUAAAAUCAGUAAUUAAGUCUCCUCAUGACUUGUGUUCAAUAUGAGGUUUUAAGAUAAAUUUAUCCGAUUUCACACAUUGAAUACUGACCAUGAAUGUAUGUUUGUGUCAAAAGUACAUGAAGUGUCUGACCAUCUCAGUUUUAAUGGCAAAAAGAAGCUGCUGAAAACUGCUUAUCUAAUAAAAGAGAGCCAAUGGAGUAAAUUAGAAAGUCAAAAAGGGGCCUAAGCUUUCGAUCCUAGCAGAAUCUUCUUUUGCCUCCAUCUCAGUUUUAGUGUACUGGAGAAUCUUCAACUUGAUCAUACAUUGUAUUAGCACCCUACAUACAUUUAGAUUUAUACUAUUCUCAUUGUAUUUUCUUCUCUUCACUUUGGUUUGAUAUUAUUAUUAUUCUGCAAGUCAUCCAAACCAUAGGGGAAAGUAUUGCUUUCUCUUUUGGAUAUCUGGGUCCUGUGACAUCUUGAGCCCGUUGCAGAAAGAGUUGCGUUUAAACGCAAGCCAAAAAAUCAAUCGCAAGUCCCAAAUGCGCGCUGUUGAUUGGUUGAAAAUCAAGUUACGCAUGAUUUUUAGAGUUGCGAUUGAUUGCAACUCUUUCUGCAACGGGCCCCUUGUUCAGCAAUUGAUCCUACUAUUCAUCGUAGUGAUUGAUUGUACAUUGUAGUCAAUGUAAGCAAUCAUCAAAAUUUGUUCUAUGAUCAAUUGCUAAGCUUUGUGUGACCUGCCCCCCUGAUAUCACUCUGUCUAUAUUUGUCAAUCCGCUACGGCUGCAUAUGUCUUUUGAAGUAUUGUAUACAGUGGACAAUAUCAGUUUUAGCUAAAAAUGUCGGUGAAUAUAUGAGAUAUUGUAUGUUCAUUUCUAUGUCGUUUCUGAAGACAUACAUGCUUAUAGCUAUAUGUAAAUAUUCUUGAAUAUAUGAAUUAAAAAAUUACUAGCCAUGAUAAGCAAAA